AUAUGGUUGCACACAGCUUUAGGCUCUGAGGACUGUGUCUUAUAACUCACCAUUUAUAGCAAUGCUGAGUUUCUGCGUGAUAGUUUUGCUUUGCAUUACUCGUGUGUCUACCACGGAUACUAAAGUCUCUAAAAAUGCAUACAGUCCCAGUGAGAGCUAUCUCAUGUCGAUAUGGCACAACAGGCUGUACUUAUAUUCAGCUGCUGCUCUCGUCUUUGGAGUCUGGUUCUCCCUGAAGGUGGCACUGAAGAGGAAAAGCUUUUCCAAAGAUGUAAGGCCGUGGGUCUACAAAGCUGUGAAGAACAAUGACAGCCACAGAGAUGCUGUGGUUCACGUGUCAGGGGUUAAAAUCUUCUUUGGCUCUCAAACUGGAACAGCAAAGGGCUUUGCAAACGAGCUGUCAGAGGAGGUGAAGGCUUUGGGUAUACCAGCGGAGGUGAUUGACAUCAAAGACUACGAUCCAGAUGAUCAACUUAUUGAAGAGUGCAUCAACAAGUCAGUCUGCGUGUUUCUUGUGGCCACCUACACUGACGGACAGCCCACAGAGAACGCCGAGUGGUUCUGCAAGUGGUUAGAGGAGGCAUCCACUGACUUCAGAUACGGGAAGACCUACCUCAAAGGCCUACGAUAUGCAGUGUUUGGCCUUGGCAACUCUGUUUAUGUCGGCCACUAUAAUACAGUGGGUAAAAACUUUGACAAGUGGCUUUGGAUGCUGAGUGGCAAGAGAAUUAUGACCAGGGGAGAGGGUGACUGUAAUGUGGUCAAGAGCCGUAAUGGCAGCAUCCAGGCAGACUUCCUGGCCUGGAAGGUCAAGUUCCUGAUCCGCCUACAAGCUUUGGCCAAGGGCGAGAAGAAGAGCUGCAGCGGCAACUGCAAGACUGGGGGCUCCUGUAAGAACAAGAGGAAAGAAGGACAGGAGCAGCAGAAGGAGGAGGAGAAGACAGCUCUGCAGGGUAACAGCUCUGAGGACGAUCUAAUGGAGUCCAGCAGUGAUGAAGAAGAGUCUGGUCUGCAAGACGAGAAAAAAGCAGGUUCAAUGGUUGACAUGGAGGAUCUGGGCAACAUCAUGAACAGUGCCAAGAAAGCAAAGAGCAAAGAGGAGAGUGGAGGAGACGGCCAGACGGUGAAGCUGUCCAAGUUGAACGGAGUGAAGAAGAUUGAAGAUGAAGGGGAAAGCAGAGAGAUGAUCACCCCUGCCCUCAGAGCAGCGCUGACAAAGCAAGGGUACAAACUGAUUGGAAGUCACUCAGGAGUAAAGCUUUGUCGAUGGACCAAGUCUAUGUUGCGAGGGAGAGGAGGCUGUUACAAGCACACUUUCUAUGGUAUUGAGUCCCACCGGUGCAUGGAGACUACUCCCAGCCUGGCCUGUGCUAACAAGUGUGUCUUCUGCUGGAGACACCACACCAACCCUGUGGGCACAGAGUGGCGCUGGAAGAUGGACCCUGCUGAGAAAAUCCUGCAGGAUGCCUUUGAGAAGCACCAGAGCAUGAUUCGACAGUUCAGAGGUGUCCCUGGAGUGAAGCCCGAGCGGUACGAGGAGGGCUUGGCAGUCAAGCACUGUGCUCUCUCCCUGGUGGGUGAGCCAAUCAUGUACCCUGAAAUCAACACCUUCGUCCGCCUUCUCCACUCCCACCACAUCUCCAGCUUCGUGGUCACCAAUGCACAGUUCCCACAGGAAAUCAGGAGCCUUGUACCUGUUACCCAGUUGUAUGUUAGUGUGGACGCCAGCACCAAAGAUAGUCUGAAAAAGAUCGACCGACCGCUUUUCAAGGACUUCUGGCCCCGCUUCCUGGACAGCCUCAGGGCCCUGGGAGAGAAGAGACAGAGGACAGUGUACAGACUGACGCUGGUAAAAGCCUGGAACGUGGAGGAGAUGCAGGCCUACUCGGAGCUCAUUGCUUUGGGCCAGCCAGACUUCAUUGAGGUCAAGGGAGUGACGUACUGUGGGGAAAGCUCUGCCAGCAGUCUGACCAUGGCUAACGUGCCCUGGCACCAAGAAGUGGUCGCCUUCGUCCAGCAGCUGGCUGACAUGUUGCCUCAGUAUGAGAUCGCCUGCGAACACGAGCACUCCAACUGUUUGCUCAUUGCACACACCAAGUUCAAGGUGGAUGGUGAGUGGUGGACAUGGAUCGACUACGAGCGAUUCCAGGAGCUGGUCCAGGCUUUUGAGGAGAGUGGGGGAAAGCAGAGCUUCUCAGCCUCGGACUACAUGGCCAAGACUCCCAGAUGGGCUCUGUUCGGAGCAGAUGAACAGGGUUUUGAUCCCGCUGACACACGGUUCCAACGACGCAACAAAACCAAAGACAUUUCAGGAUGUUGAUAGAUGCGAGAGAAAGAGAGGCACUGAUCGAGUACUGAUAUCUAUAGCAAAUACAAUUUUACAAAUUAGGGUAACUGUUUUUAUUACCAUCCUCUUUGAGUUUCAAAGUUUCGUGCUGGACAACUUUGUUUCUGUCCCUAGCUGCCCUCAUUCUCAUAUAACCUUCAACUCUCUUCUUGUCUGUCAUUUCUCUUCAAUUUGGAUCUUUUGUUUUAUUGGCUUGAGCUCCAAGAUCAGCCAAAAACUGUCAGAAUCAAUUACUUUAAACUCACUUUUUAGACAUUCCCCUUCACAUUUACUUUUAAGCACUUCUUUUGCUUUCUAUAUGCACAUAGAUUUUUCAUACUUCAAUCUUUUUUUAUUAUAAAUGUCGAUAGCUUUGAUCUGUGAAACCAUCUGGCAGCACUUGGGGUUUACUCUGUUAAAAGCGAACCUGGGAGUGGUUUCAUCAUCAUCGGUUCUGACGUGCAUUCUAGUUAAGCAGCUGCACAGCUCAGGUCAUGAUUAGGAUAUAAGGAGUAGCGCUUCUCCUCAUGUCGUCUGUGGGAGCAACACUUUCCCAGACACCUUUCCUCCUGCUCAUUAGGACAGUGGUUGUAUUGACUUGAUAGUGAGAGACUUGAGAGAGGCAUCAAGGCUGCAUCUCCACUGGGAGAGUCAGGCUGGUAUUGCUCUCUUUGUGUGUGUGGUUUUUUUCUUUGCACUGUUACACAUUCUCAGCAGUAUCAGCUUUGUUUUCUUCUGGGCUGGGAUGCAAAACAAUGUGACAGCUUUUCAGAGAGAGUUCUGUCAUUCUGGCAGGUUUACUGUGGGUUUGUAAAAAAAAAAAAAAAGUGGCCAAUAUUUCAAAGAAUUAACCAUACAAGUAGGGAUGCAUCGAUUCACUGGCCAAACAUCGGUAUCGCCAGAUAUUCCACUUGUUGACCACCUAUUAGCAUUCACUGAUGGCAGUGGCUGAUGUUUUCCUGUUCCUGGGACGCACCCUGCUACACUGUAAACAACAAAUCCUUGUUAAAAUUAGCAGGAGGAGAGCUAGUUAGCAUUAGCUGUUAUCAGCGGUGACCACAACGAACAGCUCACGGAGGUUGCACUGAGUUGCAUUAUGAUGCGUUAAAGCUCUAUUCAGAAAAGAAUAAGUGUUUGGCGAAGCUAAUAUGUAACAUUCUCAUGAUAUGUUCAAAUGUCAUCUUGUAUUUUUCUUUUUUUUUUUGUUUGUUUUUUGGCAAGGAACCUGAGUAUACACAGCUGUUUGAAAGAGAAAUUUGUUGAUAUUUUCACAGCAGUAUGAAAUAGAUAUUAGAGAGGGAAUUCUGAUAUUUUAUGUAUAGUGAAAAGGCGUUUGGAAAAAAAACAAAAAAAUAAUUGUCUUGUGAAAGAAGGUUAUAUUGUAGGCACAAAAGGAGGGAAUUAUAACAACAAAAACAAAAUAAACAAUGACAAGAAAACACUGCUAUUGGCUAUCUGACAAAUUGUUAUUUUAAACAUCAUUAUUGGCCCAGAAUGUCCCAAUUACUGCAUCCCUACAUUAGAUAAUAACGUUACUUGAGUAACUUUAUCAUAAAUCUGACAUUUUGGGUAAGAUUGUUACUGCUUUUGCAUAUUUGAGCUAAACUAUGGAUUGAUGACAGUUCAAAAAGUCACAAGAAAUCACAAGUGCAUCGCUGUUUUGUACUGCAGUAAUGCUUUAACACAGAAUUGUGACAUCAUGUACUCAGACAUGUCAAGUCUCCUAUCAUUAUGUCAAUACAUCUCUCAGAUGUAGAAGUUAAAUAGACAAAACACAAAGAUAUAUAAACUGUUACUGCACCACACAUUUAAAAUAUUCCUCCACCUCCCGAGUGUAUGCUGUCUGAUCUACAUUCAGACGCCAUCAAGGAUCAGGUAUGAGUAUGAAGCAGAGCAUCAUGGGUGGGGAUGUAACUUCAUAUCGAGUCCAGCCUACCUGAAUAAAGCCUUUACUGAUACUUUGUUAAAUCCAGAUGUAAAAUUCAAGUCAGUUUUAUUUUCUUUUUAUUUGAAUGUAAAUCCAGAUGUGAAUAUUAAGUCCAUUUUGAUUUGUUUUAUUUGAAUGUGAAUCCAGAUGUAAACAUUUAAAGUGAUACUUCAGAUCUUUUGAAGUGGGCCUGUAUGAGGUGCUCAUCCACUGUAUUACCUACAGUAGAUGGUGGUCGGCACUUUACCACUUUGGAGACGUAGGCUGUAGUACCACCAGUAAAGAUAAAUGCACUGCUAUGGACUGGGGCAGCAGCAAAAGUAUUUUAGCCACCUAAAAAAAUCAAUACCAGUUUAAGUGUACGUUAUGUUUAGAAUUUUUUGCAGCCUUAUCUUGCUGUCAGAUGGGGAUGUGUGAUGGGGAAAUAAAGCCUUCAUAGCGCUCUCUUCAAAGCCAGACUUCAUUGAGAAAAACAGUGAUUUAACACUGCUGAACACAGGAGCUGCUGGUCAACUGCUGCCUCAAUCAGUUAGUUUGUUUGUGUUAUUAUGUGACUUUGGUGUUUAAAAAGGUUAGUUUGGAUUCCCCAAAGUCACACAAUAACACAGGCUAACUAACUGAUGGAAUCAGCAGUAGACCAGCAGCUCCUGUGUUCAGCAAGCCAAAAAGACCUUUUUUGUCAGUGUGUGGUGGCUUUGAAGAUAGCAUAGAUGUGGAACUUAAGACUUUAAGCAGCUUCCCUGUUGAAACGGGCUGUCUGAUGUAAAGGCAAAGAGGUGAAAGUACUCUCAAUAUAGCGUACACUUAAACUUAGAUUGAUUUUUUUAGGUGGCUAAAAUAUGUUUUGCUGUUGUCUCCAUCCACAGCAAUACAUUGCUUAGCUUUUCUUAUUGGCACUUCUCCAAACUGGAAGCAUCUGGAAGCUGACAUCUAGUUUAUGUAAUACACUGACUAUGGAUAAAAACCUCAUACGGCCCCACUUAAAAAAAAUCAGAACUAUCCCUAUAAGUCAGUUUUAAUUUGUUUUAUGUUAAUAUGAAUCCAGAUGUAAACGUUUAGGUCCAUUUUGAUUUGUUUUGUAAGGCCUCAAAUGUUGCAGUGACUCCUUGUUGGGAGAAACAGCAGGUGUGGGGAUGUAGCACUAAAAUAAAUGUAUGUGGAAUAAUA